GAUAAGGAAAUGGGAGGAGACCGGUACUCUGACGUCACUGCUGAAAGAGAAACUAAAAGGAGAAAAAGCGCCACAUGUUUCUACUUUACUUUACAUAUCUAAAAGGAUUUCACCUACAUACUCCAGACAUGGCUUCUGCUGCUGCUAGUAGUCUAAUUGCUGAGGACAAUUUUCUUUGUUCCAUCUGUCUGGAUGUGUUCACCAAACCAGUGUCGAUUCCCUGUGGGCACAACUUCUGUCUUGACUGCAUCACAAACUACUGGGACACUAACGAUACUGUAAUACAAUGUCCACUGUGUAAAGAGAAGUUAUUCAACAGGCCAAUGCUUCGGGUUAACACCGUCAUUGCUGAGAUGGCUGCAAAGGUCAAAAAAUCAAUUCAAGAAAGAUCUUGUGGCCCCUCUGCAACAGCAGGAAACGGAAACGUGCUCUGUGGUAUGUGCACAGGGGCAAAGCUCACAGCCCUCAAGUCCUGCUUAGUGUGUUUCAUGUCUUUCUGUGACACACAUCUGGAGCCUCAUCAGAGAAUUCCAGCCAUGAAAAAACACAAGCUAAUCCAACCGGUUGAGAACCUCGAGAGCAGGAUGUGCAAGGCGCAUGAUGAGCCUUUUGAACUGUUUUGCCAGGUGGACCAAAUGUUUGUAUGCGAAUCCUGUAAAAUCAGUGACCAUAAAACCCACAAGAUGGUGAGUCUGGAGGAGGAGGCAAAAAUGAGAAAGACCCAGCUGGGACUAGAGAAGAGCAGCAUGGAUCAGAUGAUCCAGGCGCGUCAGCAGAAAAUUCUCGAGUUCCAACAGUCAGUGGAGGCUAGCAGGAAUAAUGCAGCAAAGGCGCUGUCAUACAACGUGCAUGUGAUGACUUCUGUGGUGGACUACAUUAAGAGGAGCCAAGCUGAGCUGACUGAGGUAAUUGAGACAAAGCAGAAAAAAAUUGAAACAGAAACAAAAGGCUUCAUUAAAGAACUCGAGGAAGAAAUUUUGCAAAUGAAGCAGAAAAGCUUGCAGCUUCAUCAGGUCUCACUUACCGACGAUGCCUUGAUGUUCCUAGAAAAUAUUCUGUCAACUACCAUCACUUCGCCCCAGGUUAAGGACUGGUCUGAUUUGACUCUUAAAAAUGAUGAGUUUUCCGUGAAAGGAGCCAUGGCCAUGCUGGAGACAACAGUGAGGCGAGAAGUACGGAUGCUUUGUGAUCCCGACUUGAAAGAAAUGAAGCGACAUGCUGUGGAUGUGACUCUGGAUCCUGACACAGCAAACCCUCUUCUCAAUAUUUCUUCGGAUGGGAAACGAGUCACGCAUGGUGACAGAAAGAGGAAUCUCCCAAACAAACCAGAGAGGUUCGAACAUGUCCUUAAUGUUCUUGCGAAGGAGGGUUUCUCCUCGGGAAAAUUCUACUAUGAAGUCCUGGUUAAAGACAAAACAAACUGGGAUUUAGGAGUUGCAAACCAGUCCAUCAACAGGAAGGGGGAUAUAAGAUUAAGCCCCAAGAACGGAUACUGGACUAUAUGGCUGAGAAACGGAAAUGAGUUAUCAGCCAAUGCCGGCCCUGCCAUUAAUCUAAAUGUGAGGGAGAUGCCUCAAAAGGUUGGGGUGUUUGUUGAUUACGAGGGGGGUCAAGUUUCCUUCUAUGACGUGGACGCCAGGGCUUGCAUCUUCUCCUUCACCGGAUGUAAUUUCACUGAGAAGCUCUUUCCGUUCUUCAGCCCCUGUGAUAAUGAUGGUGACAAAAAUUCAGCCCCCUUGAUCAUCACUCUUGUCAAAUAAACCGGCUGAGCUCCUGUUCUGUUUUCUGGAUUUGUGAAAGAAAAAGAGACAGGGCGAGGGACUUGGAGAGAGAUCACACAAUAGCAGAGCGCUGAAAUGUUUUUAUCUGUGAAAAUCCGGUGUGUCAUUUGGUUUCCCCUAUCCAUCAAUGCCAGAACUGUGUCGCCUGUCACACAGACAGCUGUAGAUCUCCAACUGAAAACACACACACACACACACACACACACACACACACGCACACACGCACACGCACACACAGUUUUCCCCACUCAGCCUGUGUCUUUCUAUCAGAAAGAGAGAGAGAGAGAUUUAUUUUGAUACUUAAUAGCUACUCUUGCCUGCCAACGGACCAAAGAUGGGUGACAUAGCAUUUAAAAAUAUUUAUAGCACUUGUUUGUGCUUCUUGAAGUGCGACUUAUCAGAACAAUUUAUUUAUGGCACCUUUAGCAGGUUGAAAUAACUAUUACGGUCUUCACAAAAUACUCUUUGACCUAUAUGGGAUGGAGGACAGCAUGUCCCAAGGUGACCCUCACAACACAACCUGCAAUAGAAAACAAAUCAGUGACCUGGUGCAACAGCAUACGGAGACUACUAAAUUGUUAUCGUUAUUUGGAUUCAGUUCUUCUGAUGUGGCACUGGAUAAGCAUUUUUUUCCACAAAUUAUGUUUUAUUCACUUAAAGAGGAUAAUAUUAGAAUGGGUUCUGUCAUAACACUGGAACCUGACUGGCACAUAAUGCCAUGUUUUCUAAAAUCAGCCAAACCCGCUUUCCAAGUUAAAAUGCAGCGAAUCUGUCUGGUAAUAAGAGAAUUAAGCAACUGUUCUAAUUGAGCAGAGCCAAUUAAAGUCUAUUUGUUUGGUCCAUGGGUACCAUUUAAUUCUAUUUCUUCUUCUUUCUUUUUUAAGAGUUGUGUGUAUAAUGUUUUUUUGGAUACUGUUCUGCCAACAAGAAGAGCAUCGGUAUUGUCAGCAAGCGAUCAUUUUAACCUCAACCAUCAUCUCCCCUAAACCAAACUAUAGUGUUGCCAAAUCAUAAAACUGAUUUAACAGUGAUUUGUGAUGAUUUUGAAAGUCACAAACUAUUGAUGUCCUGCUGAUAGAGGACACUGACAAACAAAGCAUUGUGUUGUUUUAUAUGCAGGACUAGUUGUUGUUAUUGUCAUGAUGCAGUUGUGUGUUAAAUGAGGUUGUUAUAAUCUCAUCUGGACACUCAAUAAAGUCGCUUUAGGAGAGCCAGUCAGAUUUUCCCACUGAAAUGUUGUAUCUUUAAGAUGCCAGAGCCGAGGGAUCACACACUGGGCAAUUGAGUGGGUGGAGCUAUUGAAUACUGUACAGUAUCUCCAUAAUGUCUGUUAAUAACAAUCAACUGUUUUCCUUUGAUGAUUAUUCAUUUUUUUGCAUUAACUGAGAAAGAGAAAUAACAUUGUCAAAUCAAAGAGGACCAUGCAAUGGGAAAAUUGAUGAAGAAAAAGAAGGGGGGAAAAAACACCAAAACUGGAAUGGUUUACUGGUUUCAAGUUUUUAAAUCACAACAGUGACCAUUUAUACACACAAUGUACUGUAGGAACAAAUGUAUCAUCUGUGAUAAUGCUAAAACGAUUAGUCAAUGAAUUGAUUAGAAAAUGAAUCGACAAAAUUCUGAAAUGUGAUGAUUUGCUCUUGUUUUAUCUUCACUGUAAAUUUAAUGUAUUUGACUUUUAAACAAUUUCUAAAAUUGUUCUUGAGGAACUCACUUUGAGGUCUGAGAGAUUGUGGUGGCCGUUCUAUUUUCUGACAUUUUCAAUCAUCUUUUAAAUGAUUAGUUGU